CGCUUUUGAAACCAGGCCAAAAACUCAAAAAUAAAUAAUAUUAAAAAAAAUCAAUUUUGUGUCAAUUGCUAGUUUGCGAGUGUAGCUAGGGCGUGUGUUUAUUCUUGUAGAUUUUUAAUUUAUUUAUAAUUAAUUACAUUAGAAGGUACAUUGUUUUGAAUUUAUUUCACUCUCAUUAUUUUUGGAAAUAUUUUGUUUCAAGUUUUAUGUGGCUUUCAGUCCCCAUAACGGCUGACCGUGAUAGUAAUUUAUGAUUUUCUAAAAAAAUAAUUGAAGGCAUUUUUAAGAAUGCUGAGAGGAAGAGUGAAGCACUUAUUACAUUGUAUCUUUUUUAUAUCUUUUAUUUUUCUUUUUCUUGUAUUUGCUGGAAUAAUUAAUUUAGACAAUAAAGAAAAAGAAUAUGUUGACCCUUGGGAGGCAUAUGGAAUAUAUGGUGCCAUAAUACUAUAUGUGAUGAGACUUCUCACAUUGCUGACAAUACCUCAAGUCCUGUGCAAUUUUGCAGGGCUCAUGAUAUUUAAUGCUUUCCCUGGAAAAGUGAAGUUGAAAGGGUCUCCACUGCUGGCCCCAUUUAUAUGCAUCAGAGUGGUUACCAGGGGUGAUUUCCCCAAACUUGUAAAAGAAAAUGUCACAAGAAAUAUGAACUUGUGUAUUGAUGUUGGAAUGGAAAACUUCAUGAUAGAAGUUGUGACUGACAAAGCAAUAAACUUACCAAAGCAUAGAAGGGUCAGAGAAGUGGUAGUGCCAUCAGAGUACAAGACAAAGACAGGUGCCCUGUUCAAAUCGCGCGCAUUACAGUAUUGCUUGGAAGACACUGUGAACAUCCUUGCUGACACAGAUUGGAUUGUGCAUUUAGAUGAAGAAACUUUGCUGACUGAAAAUUCAAUUCGUGGGAUAUUGAAUUUUGUCCUGGAUGGUCAACAUCAAUUUGGCCAAGGACUCAUCACCUAUGCUAAUGAAAAUAUUGUCAACUGGCUCACUACUCUUGCAGACAGCUUUCGAGUAGCAGAUGACAUGGGAAAGUUAAGACUACAAUUCUACUUAUUUCAUAAGCCACUUUUUAGUUGGAAAGGCUCAUAUGUUGUAACACAGGUGAGUGCAGAGAAGAAAGUGUCCUUUGAUAAUGGACUAGAUGGAUCUGUAGCUGAAGACUGUUACUUUGCUAUGAAGGCAUAUGUGGAAGGGUACACAUUCAAUUUUAUUGAAGGUGAAAUGUGGGAGAAGUCUCCUUUCACACUGUGGGACUUUAUGCAGCAAAGGAAAAGAUGGCUUCAAGGUAUACUGUUAGUGGUACAUUCGAAAGAAAUACCUGUUCUUAAUAAGAUUUUUCUAGCAAUAUCUUGUUACUCAUGGGUAACUUUGCCAUUUUCUACAAGCAAUGUUUUACUGGCGGCCAUUUGUCCCAUACCAUGUCCCCAAGCUUUGGAUGUGAUAUGUGGGUUCUGUGGGGCUGUCAAUAUUUACAUGUAUAUUUUUGGUGUAAUCAAAUCAUUCCCCAUACAUAGAUUUGGAACACUAAAAUUUUUAUUAUUUGUUGGUGGAGCUCUGGCCACUAUUCCACUGAAUGUUGUGAUAGAAAACAUUGCAGUUAUAUGGGGAGUCCUAGGAAAGAAGCACAAAUUUUAUAUAGUUAAUAAGGAGGUCAAGAUCCCAGUGACAGUAUGAUUCCUGGUUCAGUAUUUCAUAUCAUUUUAAAUUUUCAUGUUCUUUAGAUAAGUGCACAAAAUACUUAAAGGAAUGAAUCUUGCACUUCUCACGAAGCAUUGUUGUAUUUGAUUGAUGCAAGAUUUGUGUAUAUACUAUGCAACUCUGCCUAUCCCCUCGGGGAUACAGGCGUGAAUGUAUGUUACGCAUGUAAGAUUUGUGAUUGAAGAUAAAUUACUUCAAAAUUAAAAUAUGACUGAUAUUGUGUGUGUUACCAACCAAAGUGUAAAUUCUUUAGGAAUAGUCUGUAAAUGAAUGUAACAAGAAGUAAGACGUGGUAUUACUCUUACUUUUUAGAGAUUUUAUGAGUUUAACAUAAGCACAAUGGUACAAGACCUAUGAAAAAGUGAUGCUUAAAUAUAAAUAAUUUUAAAUUUAUUUUUCGAUAUUUUUGGUAAUGCAUUGUGAUUUAUAUUUUUUGUAUUCAUUUUUAUCGAACUAAGCACAGUUAUAGCAUUUACUUUUUCAUUACAAUGAACCCAGUGGGAUCGAUAGUCAAGCUAUUGAUCCCAUUGUUAGGUACUUACUAUAAAUUAGUAAGUAGUUACUGCCAUACCAGUUCGAACAUAAAUUGUUUCGUCUCAUUUAUUUUGAAUCGAUGUUAUUUUAAUUCUAGUUAGACAAACACAAGACAUUCAGUCCUUACAAAGGUAAUUAAGCUUAUAUCUUCAAUAUUAUACCUACCACCGUACAUUAGUUAAUACCUACAUGACAUUUGAAAAGACAUGUUGAGCUUAAGUUACUGUUACGUUUUAUUUAUCUUUGAUUAUAAUUUUGUUACUUCCGUAUUCAAAAAGCGUCUCAUGUGCUCCCGAGUCGUGGUCCAAAAGUUUAUAUUGUAGUUUACACGGUCGCCAUAUUAGGUAUGUUAGUAGGUCUCUGGGUUUAACGCUUACAGCGUCUUAAGGUUAGUAGGCAACAGCUUAUUGACCGUCAUAGGUACAAAUAUUUAACAUUUGUUCAGUGUAGAUAAGGCGACACGCGCUCGGCACCCAUACACCAUGGCCUGAUGACGUUAAUACAGUCACACAUUUACGAGUAAUCAUUGUACUUAACGAUGUUCUGUCGACACAUAAUAUAAUCGUGUUAUGUAUGAAUUAUACCACAAAACACGACUACACAGUACCAACAGUCUGCUGAUAAGCUAAUUUUAUGGAGGUAGUUUGAAUUUCCCAGUAUUUUAUAUAUUUAUAAUAAGAUUCACUAAUUGGUAUUGUAAUAGAUAUUAAUCCAGGUAUUAUUGAACAAAUUGUCUGUCCAUAUAUGGAACUAAAUAUCUGAACAAUUUAUUGAGUACCAACUGUAUUUAAUUGAUCUCUUUUGUUAGUUUGUAACGGAUGCAUAAAAUUAUUGUUAUGAAAGAUAAAGGUUUUGUAAGUUGGCUCGUUGUUAUCGUUGCUUGUUUUGUUAAUUAUCGAAAUUAGUUAACACCUAAUAUUAUAAUAGUACUGCGAUAAAUUAUUACUACAUUAGGUAGAUGAAAAUACAAUGUGUUAUACUCGAAUCAAUGGCAUUUGUUUAGAAUUUCAUUCUGUUUAGGAUUAGGCACCUAGUUCCUCUUUAAUUUAUGGAAACAAUAAGGAAUUCGAAUAAAAGCUCCACUACAGUGACACGAACAUUGGUUAUAUUCCGAAUUUAUUGCUGCGAGACGAUGUGGAGAUGACUGGCUGCGUACAUUUAUCUCAUUGUCAAUUGUAAAAUUUGGUGAUAAGCAUACAUACAUUUUGUAUAUUAUGAAUAUCGACGCAUGGAUGUACAUUCAGCGAAGCAUUUACACGAGUAUUGAUAGGUAUUUCAAAUGCAUUAUAAAUUAUACUACGCGGGUCAUUCACUGACACAUUUUGUUGAAUAAUGUUUGUGUAACUCAGUUAAAAAGCAGAUAGUGGCAGUAUUGUCUACCUCAGAGUGCACUCGAGUGAAGUCGUUUGAUGACACGGUAGAGUACAAACACUUUGUUUAAAUCGUAGUAAAUGUAGAAUUCAAAAUUAAUAUAGUAACAAUAAUGGUACUACGUAAUCGUAUCUGUAUGUUAAAAUUUUCUACACUAUAUAAUAUACUGUAUUCUGUCCAGUAAAUCUUAACUUGUGUUAUUGUUAGCAAUAUUAGAAAUUGUUAUUAUUUUAAUACAGCAUCCAACUAGUCAUUUAAAUACACUUAUGAAUAAAUAUCUAGUUGUAACUUAGAUUAUAAUCUUCCAGUGUUAAUGUUUGGUCCUGGUUUCUCACAGUUGGCUCUUACGUGGGGUUAGGGAUCAAUUGGCCCGUCUUAAUUACUCAAUUUAGUGCUAUAGACGCUUCGCUAUUCGUCCUUGGUCUUAAUUAUAAUAUUAGGUAACUUAGUGCCCAGUGGGUUACGAACAAAAAGUACCUACUCCAUAAGAAACGACCAGUAUAUGAUAUAGGGGCGUUCAAAACUUGUCCGGUACAAGAUAACAGAAAAUGUCUGAAUUGAAUUUGUUUAAUAAAUAACUGAACGCUCUCUUUUUUCCUGGAUAAUGUAUAGUUAAUUAUUUGGAUUAUACUAUAAUCUGUCACAACACGCUAGCUGCGUAACUGUAUACAUUUUUGUGUAUAGUUUUUUAUUACUUUGGAGGUUCAUAAUGAGCCAAUGAUUGUAUCAAGAGUGUGUUUGUGUGCGUGUUAAAAUUAAAAUUUUAUCUAUAAACACAUAAUAGUUAGUACCUACCUAGCAACUUAUAAAUAAACAGCAUUAUAAAA